ACCUGAACGAAAUGGAAGAGAUGGGCAGUAAAUAUCACAACGGGGGGGGGGGGGGGGGGGGGGGGGGGGGGGAAGCGCAUUUCUGUAUCUCCCAGUAUUUCUCAGUAUUUUCAAGUAUUUCCAGAGGAUGUAGAUGUGAGUGUGUUGAAGAGGAGACUCACAUCCACACUCAUACCUAGUGACAGCAACUACUCAUACAUACACCCACACCCUAUAUAAACUACCACACAUGUAUUUCGAACGUUAUUUAAUAAUUCUAAAAAGUAGAACUAGGUAGUUUUAAAUUGUUAGAUUUCGUCGAAUCCGACAAUCGGAUAUUGUCGGAUAGCUCAAGAACCUAAUAGUAUUCGCCUGGGUAAGCUCAAUCAGGGUAAACAUGAGAAGAUAUGAGUUCUUUCAUCCUAUGCUAUUCCGGAUCAUUUUCUUCUGAACAUUUAGAAAUAGUUCUUAUUUUAUAAUGAUGAAAAAUAAUCGAGAAUUUCAAAAAAAAAUUGUAUCAUUUCUUAUUAGCAGAGAUUUUAAUGAAUAUUUUAAUUUUUAAAAAUAUCACCACUCAAUCAAUGAACUCAAGAAAAUAUGAACAGAACUUAAAUAUUGUGUUUGAGCGCCAUCUAUGUAUACUUAUGGACAGAAAAUUUCGAAAAAAUGUUCAGUCUAAAAAUGUUUCCUAGUAUUCUUUCGUUUUAUUUUCUUAAAUAUUAUUGAUAAAUCAUCGAUCUUGUUCCAUCAUCAUCACAUUUUUUAAUUGGUUAUUAACAAACCUCUGAUCAUGUCACCAUUUAUGACUUUAUUUGCAUUCAUUCAUCAUUUUUCUGUUUUUUGCAAAUCUUUCAUAGUUCUAUACAUGUUCUUUAAUUCUGAUCAAAAUAUAUUGCUCGAGAUAUGUACAUAACUUGCUCAUGAUUGUUCAUUUAAUGUAUUGAAGAAUCGUCUCAUUCCGACAACAAAUACUCAUGAUAAUACAAGCAACGAUAUAGAAAAUAAUAUUUCACUGUUGUAUGAGAUAAGUAUUAUCCAAAUUUUAAGUAUAUUAUUACUCUAAAGUAAAGAACAAUAUUAUGUACAAAAAAAAUUAUACGUAAUGCCAGAUAUAUAUGGUAGUAGGACAGAUAUAGAAUCAAGAUACACAGUGCAAUGUAUGAAAUAGUUGAUGAUGAUGAUUCUAUAUACAAUAUGAAAUUGAAUAAAUAAUCAGAAACAACAACAUGAAGCUAAAUACAAAGAAUUCAAUCAAAUUACAGACAAAGUCACCCAAAAAAAAAUAAUAUACAAUUGA